AUGAGAGUUCGUGGCAAUUCUCUCCCAUGGAUUACCUCGAAAGUAAAGGAGUUAAUGCGAGAGAGAGAUUUUCACAAAAAGAAGGCCGUAAAAAAUAAUUCGAACAUGCACUGGAUCAAGUUUAGAGCAAUUAGGAAUAAAGUCAAUUCUGAAUUAAAGAAGGCUAAAAAGAACUACUUUUGCAAUAAAAUCAAAGAUUGUGUCAGGGUAAAGGGCCCUAAGCAAAGUUGGAAAUUAAUAAACAAUCUUUUAGGCAAAAAUAAUAAAUCAAAUAAUAUUUCUCAACUUAAAGUUGAAGACGUUAUUAUUUCUGACGACAUAAAGAUAGCCGAGUCCUUUAAUGAUUUUUUUGUGAAUAUCGGACCUAAACUAGCUAACGAAAUCGAGAUCAAUUCCACUGAUUUCACUUCAUUACAAAGUGUUCCUUCUAGGCCAGAUAUUCAGUUUAAGUUCUCUGAAAUAAGUACACACGAAGUGUGUCUUCAAUUACGCAAUCUUAAAACAUCAAAAUCAACAGGUAUUGAUACAAUUCCAGCGAGAGCACUUAAAAUUGCUGCUGAAAUAAUUAGUCCGUCACUAACGUGGAUAUUUAAUUUAUCAAUUAAAACUGGAAUUUAUGUGGAAGAAUGGAGAAAGGCUUGGGUUUUACCGAUAUAUAAAUCUGAAGACAGACAAAAAUGCGAAAAUUAUCGUCCAAUUUCCAUUCUACCAAUUAUAAGUAAAAUCUUUGAACGUUUACUCUUCAACCAAUUAUACAAAUAUCUAAAUGAAAACUCCCUGCUUUCUAAGUAUCAAUCCGGCUUCCGUCCAAAGAACUCAACUUUGUCUGCACUUAUUCAAAUGUGCGAUGCAUGGUACACUAACAUGGAUAAUGGAGACUUGAACGGUGUUGUUUUUCUUGAUAUUCGGAAAGCGUUUGACUCAAUUAACCAUAAUAUUUUAUUGCGUAAAAUGAAAGAACAAUUUGGAGUUUUAAAUAUCGAAUUAAAAUGGUUUGAAUCCUACAUUUCUAAUAGGGAACAAGUGUGUUUUGUCAAUGGCAUGAUGUCAACACCUAGAAAUCUCGUUUGUGGAGUCCCUCAAGGGUCUAUUUUAGGCCCACUUCUAUUCCUGCUUUAUAUUAAUGAUCUCCCAAAUAAUCUCAAGAAUACAAUCCCGUGCUUAUAUGCUGAUGAUACACAGAUUUUUUCAUCUGCUAAUGACUAUCAGCACCUCGUUUUCAAUUUGAACAGUGACUUGAAUAACAUAAGUCAAUGGCUCAAACAAAACAAAUUGCAACACCAUUCAUCCAAAACUAAAUUAAUGUACGUAGGAUCUAAAUAUAAUCUCCAUAAGAUAAAUAAUGACAUUCCUGUAAUGUUAAAUGGUCAACCAAUUCCUAGGGUAACCUCAAUACCUUGUUUGGGCGCCACCCUUGAUGAAACGUUGAGUUGGGAUGAGCAUAUUGACGUAAUUUGCAGAAAGGUUGCAGCAGGUAUUGGAACGUUAAGGCGCAUCAAGCCAUUCGUUCCUGCAAACAUGCUGCAAUCAAUCUAUAGCGCUUUGAUACAACCCUACUUCGAUUAUUGUUCUCCCCUUUGGGACACUUGUAACAAAACAUUAAAAGACAAAUUGCAGAAGUUUCAAAAUCGAGCAGCUAGGAUAAUGCCAAUGUUGUACCCAUCCACAGAAAGGGGGAUAAAGAUCAUGUAG